AGAUAAUGCCUUAUCGCCGUGAAUAAACGUUACAUUAUUAUAAAACAAAUUAAAAACAAGUCAUUAAGAUCAAUCAGUACAAUAAUCUUGAUGUGUUUCAUAUGAAUUAUUUCGAAAAGUUUCCGUUAUACUUUGAUAUUUGUGAAAAAUUAAAAUUUUCUCAUAAACAUGAUUAUACAAACGUUUUUCAUAAACAAUUUGGUGGGGUCAGUUAUUGCUCUGGCACUUAUGGGCUUCAUGUUUGGUUUUACCAUAAGCUGGUCGUCACCUGUUAUGCCAAAAAUUCAAAAUCUAUCUUCCGACAGUCCUUUCGAUAGAGCUAUAACAGAUACGGAAAUAUCCUGGAUGACUUCGUUAGUUGUACUCGGUUCUUGUUGCGGAUGUUGGAUGUUCGGAUUUUUAACUUCCACAAUCGGAAGAAGAUUUUCCACGAUAAUCUUGGGAGUUCCGAUGGCUACGAGCUACUUAUUAAUGGCGAUAUUUCGAACUGUACCCGUUUAUUAUGUAGCCAGAUUCAUUAUGGGAUUUACUCUAGGAGGUGGAAAUAUAGUAUCGAUGACGUACGCUAGCGAAAUAUCGAGUCAAUCUAAUAGAGGAGUGAUUAGUACGGUGGCCGGUACUUCUCUAGCUAUAGGAACAUUGUUCUGUUACAGUAUCGGUCCUUGGGUUAGUGUUACCGAAUUGAACAUAAUCUUGAGCGUAUUUCCUUUGAUUACCAUAGCGAUUUGUAUAAUAUUUUGCGAGGAAUCGCCUUAUUAUUAUUUGGUAAAAGGCGAGGAAGAUUUAGCCAAAAAAGCGUUGAUGACGUUCAGACCGCCGGGCACGGACGUCGACAAAGAACUCGAAGAGAUUCUGAUCAAAAUCGAAGAACAAAAAUCGGGAAACUUCUGGAAAAUAAUCAAAAGCAAAUCCGUGACGAAAAGUUUAUUUAUAGGAAAUAUGUUGCUGAUUUUCCAACAGUUUACCGGCAUAAACGGUAUAUCGAUGUACAGUCAAUCUAUUUUCGACGAAACCGGUUCGAAUUUAUCGUCGGCCGUGUGUUCGAUCAUAUUAGGGGCCCUUCAAUUAACCAGCGGCAGUAUAGCGCCAAUUGUAGUCGAUAGGUUCAACAGAAGAUCCCUCAUGAUAGUAUCCGCUAGCGGAAUGAUACUUUUCGAAGUGCUACUGGGAAUUUACUGCGUCGUCGACCAAGUUUCUUCCUUUUUCAAAUUCGUACCGAUAUUAUGUUUGGCGGGAUUCAUGUUCAGUUAUAAUUUCGGUAUCGGACCGCUCUGUUGGGUCGUUACGAGCGAAAUUUACGCCGCCAGAAUUAAAUCUAUGGCGAUGGCGUUUUCGGUAUUCGUUUAUUACGUCGUCGGUUUCGUCGUUACCAGAUAUUUUAAAGCCGUACAAAACGCUAUAGGUAUAGGCGCGCUUUUCUUCAUAUUCGCCGGUUGUUGCGGCCUGUGUAUAGCGUUUAUCGUUUUUUGCGUUAUCGAAACCAAAGGAAAAACUUUGGAACAGAUUCAAGAUCGAUUAGAAAGAUGAAAUAUUUCAUUUGAUGCUGACGCCUCUUCAUUUUCAUCGGCGAGCUUUUCCACGGCUCUUCGUUUAUUUAUUUUUCGCGUCCAACAUAUUCUCGAUCUUCUGGCAUUUCUACUGUAUCGUAUAUUUUGUUAAUUCUGUCGUAUUUAUGGUUAUUUCGUCUAUUCUUGGUCCAGCAUCUUCCGGCACUUCUCCCGUGUCUAUCACUACUAUUGCUUCCCGUACUGUCUUUUUUUCUGUUUAGACUUCUUCCUCUUCUUAUGCUUGUCCUUUGGUCUCUUAUUUUGAGUGAGUUUUUGUUAUUUUCGCAAUUUCAAUGUCUCCAAAGAAUAUCUUCUGUCGAUUUUCCUUGUUCCUUUAUCAAUCUUUUAACUUUUCCUCAAUUUUUUUUUAUAUUUUUCAUGGUCUGUUUCUGUUUUAUGUCUCAAAUAUCGCUUUUAUGGUCUCUGACCACCAGUUUGUUCUUAUUACUACGUAGCAGCAACACUGGUGGAAAAAAGUUGUUUGUAUCUCGUUGCAAUCAUGUUGAACUCGGAUUUCGUCAUGAAAAAGGCUUUACGAAUUCCGAAGCGUCAAACUGAAGAUCGUUGGGUGAUACAGAGAUCCAGAAAUACUGAAGAUCCAAUGAAUUUUGUACCAAAACCGGUUGAUCCUUACCAGAUGAAGUAAGAGGUCUUCAAACAGCAAAAUAUAUUAUACCCGUGAUUCUAAAAUGUUUUUUCUCUACGUAAUGCUUUAUAGUUCAUAUUUAAAUCGGUAUUUUGGAAAUAUAAACAGGCUUAAAUUUUUCCCAAGUGUUUGAACCGUACCUGAGCCUGUACUAUGGAGAUGGCGUCUUUGAGGACCUGGUUCAAGUUAUUUUGGAAGUCUCAUGUCAAGUGUUUUCACACCUUUGCAGAGACGAUGAAGAAUUGUCACUUAAACGAGCUGGUUCUGGCUAGUAGCUGGACCAAAAUCAACUAGCAUCAUUAAACGUUUCGCCACGACUUUCGGGCGUAUUAGUUUCGAAAAUAUCCAGGUCAUAUUGCGACGAAAACUCGUUUAACAACCAGGUGUUGUUCGUGGUAUCAAAAGCGAUAAAUCUCAAAUAGCUACUUCACCUUUCCUUUUGUAAUAUAUAUUUUUUUAAAUAAAGUGCAAUUUUUUUAAAAAAAAAAA